AUGUCAUCAACAUCAACAUCAUCACAACAUGAUUCAGCAUCUACAAAAUCAAGUAAUUACAAUAAUUCAAAUACUCACAAUGAUUCAAUAAUACCGUCUCCACAAAUUAUUAAAAAAAAAAUUUACGAAAAUAUACCCAUUAUUGGCCAUUAUUCAAAUGAUCAAUCUACUCCUAUAGAAGACGUUAAAAUUAUAGAUAAGCAACUGAUACAUUAUAUUAUACUAUCGGGUACUGCUGGUGGUAUAGCUGGAAGUGCAGCAAAAACAUUAGUUGCACCAUUGGAUCGUAUAAAAAUUUUAUUUCAAACUUCAAAUCCCGAAUUUAUCAAAUAUAGAGGUACUUUUCAUGGUUUUUUAGAAGCUGGUAAAAAAAUUUGGUCGACUGAUUCACUUUAUGGUUUAUAUCAAGGCCAUUCGGUUACUUUAUUAAGAAUUUUUCCAUAUGCAGCUAUUAAAUUUGUAACUUAUGAACAAAUUAGAACCGUAUUAAUACCUAGUGAUAAUUAUGAAACAGCAGCAAGAAGAUUUAUGGCUGGUAGUUUAUCUGGUUUAUGUUCUGUAUUUUUCACAUAUCCAUUAGAUUUAAUUAGAGUUAGAUUAGCAUUUGAAACUAAAAAUUUACAACAUUUAAACAUUCAUCCAAAGCAUCAAGAUUUUAUGACACAACAUAAAGGUAGGUUAGUAAGUACUGUUAAGUCAAUUUUUGAAGAAAAUCCACCAAUACGAUCAAAUGAUCCAUAUUGGCUUAAAUUUAUGAGAAAAAUAUCACCAUUAAGUAUACAACAUUUAUCAAAUUUUUAUAGAGGAUUUGCACCAACAAUAUUGGGUAUGAUACCUUAUGCUGGUGUAUCCUUUUACACUCAUGAUUUAUUACAUGAUAUAUUAAGGUCAAAAUAUUUAGCACCAUUAACUGUUCAACAAGAUAUAAAGAAAACCUCAGUAGUAUUAAAUAAUAAUUCAAAAUCAACUAGAGAAAAUAGAGCUCCUUUAAAAGCAUAUGCACAAUUAUUUGCUGGUGGGCUAGCUGGAUUAUUUUCACAAACUGCUGCGUAUCCAUUUGAAGUUAUAAGAAGAAGAAUGCAAGUUGGGGGAGCAAUAAAUCAAGGUCAAUUUUUGUCAUUUAAAAAUACAGCAAAAUUGAUAUAUAAAGAAAAUGGAUUUAGAGGAUUUUUCGUGGGGUUGAGUAUUGGAUAUAUGAAAGUUGUACCUAUGGUUGCAUGUUCAUUUUUCGUAUACGAAAGAAUGAAGAAAAUGUUAGGUAUUUAA